GGAAAGUGGGUAGGCGGCUACAUGGCCGGGCCAGGGAGACACUUGUGCUUCAGGAGCCAAGGCCACGGGCACUCUCCUGGGUCCCUGUGGGCAGGGACUGCCCCAGGGCCAGUGUGGGAGCCAGGGACAGCCACAGGUGGGAGGAGCUGUGUGGAUCAUGACACCCACGGCUGAUAACGUCAUUGCCUGUGACUCGGGCCAAGCCCAGGCCCUUCAUUCAUCAUUUCAUCCUCGCAAUUUCCUGCUGGAGGGCUACUAUUCUUAUUCCCAUUCACACUCUAAAAAGGAGGUGGUGGAAACCCAGAGAGGCUCAGCAACUCACCCCAAAUGACGCAGCUGGUAAACUGCCGAGUCAGGAUUUGAGCGCAGGCAGUUUGGCUCUGAUGGCCUUUCUUUUCAUCACAGCUGCUUCCCAUGCGGCAGAAAUGGGUGAUCAGGACAGAGUGAAGAUUAAAGGUAGAUGAGCGUAGGGAAAAGACCAGAAUGAGAGAGGAAUAAUGGGGAAAAGCCAGAUACAAAGAGAGCCAAGGAAAGGAGGAGACAGGGAGCAUAGCUUUGCCCAGGAGGGGCCUCAGGCCCUGGGUGACAGGCAGGGGCUCAGGCUCUGCUCACUUGGCCACACAGGGACUCGGCUCCCCUCAGUGGCCACCUUGUUGCAUGGACAGCACCUGCCCACCCAGCCUGCCUCCAGAGCCCCGCCGCAUCCUCCUCGGCAGCAAGCGGCGGGCCACCGGGCUUCACGGGAAGCGUGCUCUCUUUCUCUAUUUGGCACUGAAACUCACAGCCCUCCCUUUUCCUGUAGGUGGGGUUUCCAUAGGAAAAAGCUGCUUCUCUGUUUCCCCAGCCUAGCAACUGUUUGGAAGUCAGAUCCCCACAUCCUGCUCUACUGGGUCAAGUCCCUCUUGGACCGGCUCUUGCCCAUCAUUGGUUGAAGUGAACCAACGGGUGCUCCUGUGCGGGGUCUGCCCUGGCAAUCUUACUUCGUCAGUGCUGGGACCUCUUGGAUCUCUUCGGAUGAAGAUGGCCUUGCCUGGGAAUCCUGCUAGUUUCACCAUCAUCUAAUUAUGGGACGAGACUGUGCCAGCAGGUCUGGGGGCAGGAGAACGAGGCUAAUCAAGCCCCCCCAGAAACACUGGAGGACUUCUCAGCUUUUGAAGAACUCCAGCGGUUUCUCAGUCUAGCCGAUUCUGGCGGUAAGCAUGAUGCAACUUCUGCGACUUUUGCUGGGGCUUUUGGGGCCAGGUGGCUACUUGUUCCUUUCCGGGGAUUGUCAGGAGGUGGCCACUUUUACUGUGAAAUACCAAGUGUCAGAGGAAGUGCCGCCUGGCACGGUGAUAGGGAAGCUGUCCCAGGAACUGGGCUGGGAGAAGGGGCAUGGGCAAGCAGGCACAGCCUUCCAGGUCUUGCAGCUGCCUCAGGUGGUCCCCAUCCAGGUGGACUCUGGGGACGGCUUGCUCAGCACAGGAAGUCGGCUGGACCGAGAGCAGCUUUGCCGGCAGCAGGAUCCCUGCCUGGUUUCCUUUGAUGUGCUUGCCACAGGGGACUCAGCUCUGAUCCAUGUGGAGAUCCAGGUACUGGACAUCAAUGAUCACCAGCCACAGUUUCCCAAAGGCGAGCAGGAGCUGGAAAUCUCCGAGAGUGCCUCUCUGCGCACCCGGAUCCCCCUGGACAGAGCUCUGGAUCCAGACACUGGCCCCAACACCCUGCACUCCUACUCCCUGUCUCCUAGUGAGCACUUCGCCCUGGACGUCAUCGUGGGGCCGGAUGAGACCAAACAUGCGGAACUCGUGGUGGUGAAGGAGCUGGAUCGGGAAAUCCACUCGUUUUUUGAUCUGGUGUUAACUGCCUAUGACAGUGGAAAUCCCCCCAAGUCAGGCACCAGCUUGGUCAAAGUCAACGUCCUGGACUCCAAUGACAACAGCCCUGUGUUUGCUGAGAGCUCACUGGCACUAGAAAUCCAAGAAGAUGCUGCCCCUGGUACUCUCCUCAUAAACUUGACCGCCACAGACCCUGACCAAGGCCCCAACGGGGAGGUGGAGUUCUUCUUCAGUAAGCACGUGCCUCCAGAGGUGCUGGACACCUUCAACAUUGAUGCCAAAACAGGCCAGGUGAUUCUGCGUCAACCCCUAGACUACGAGAAGAAGGCUGCCUAUGAGGUGGAUGUUCAGGCAAGGGACCGGGGUCCCAAUCCCAUCCCAGCCCAUUGCAAAGUCCUCAUCAAGGUUCUGGAUGUCAACGACAAUGCCCCAAGCAUCCACAUCACAUGGGCCUCCCAGCCCUCGCUGGUGUCAGAAGCCCUUCCCAAGGAGAGUUUCAUUGCUCUCAUCAUGGCGAAUGACUUGGACUCAGGAAACAAUGGUCUGGUCCACUGCUGGCUGAGCCAAGAUCUGGGCCACUUCAAGCUGAAAAGGACCAAUGGCAACACAUAUAUGCUGCUAACCAAUGCCACGCUGGACAGAGAGCAGUGGCCCAAAUAUACCCUCACUCUGUUGGCCCAAGACCAAGGACCCCAGCCCUUAUCAGCUGAGAGACAGCUCAGCAUUCAGAUCAGUGAUGUCAACGACAAUGCACCUGUGUUUGAGAAGAGCCGGUAUGAGGUCUCCACUAGGGAAAACAACCUACCCUCUCUUCACCUCAUUACCAUCAAAGCUCAUGACGCAGACUUGGGCACUAAUGGACAAAUCUCAUACCGCAUCCAGGACUCCCCAGUUUCUCACUUGGUAGCCAUUGAUUCAGACACAGGAAAGGUCAUCGCUCAGAGGUCACUGGACUAUGAACAGAUGGCCAGCUUUGAGUUCCAUGUGAUCGCGGAGGACAGGGGACAGCCCCAGCUCUCAUCCAGCAUCUCUGUGUGGGUCAGCCUCUUGGAUGCCAAUGAUAACGCCCCAGAGGUGAUUCAUCCCCUACUCAGUGAUGGAAAAGCCAGCCUCUCAGUGCUUGUAAAUGCCUCCACAGGUCACCUUCUGGUGCCCAUUGAGACUCCCAAUAGCUUGAGUCCAGCGGGCACUGACAUGGCACCACUGGCUACCCACAGCUCUCAGCCGUUCCUUCUGGUGAACAUUGUAGCGAGAGAUGCAGACUCAGGGGCAAAUGGAGAGGUCCUCUACAGCAUUCGAAGUGGGAAUGAAGCCCGCCUCUUUGUCCUCAGCCCUCAGCUGGGGCAGCUGUUCAUCAACAUCACCAACGCCAGCAGCCUCAUUGGGAGUGAGUGGGAGCUGGAGAUAGUGGUAGAAGACCGUGGCAGCCCCUCCUUGCAGACCCAAGCCCUGCUGAGGGUCUUGUUCGUUACCAGUGUGGACCACUUGAGGGACUCAGCCCGUGCUCCUGGGGCCCUGAGCACAUCGGUGCUGACAGUAAUUUGCCUGGUUGUCCUGCUGGCCAUCUUCGGGUUAAUCUUGGCUCUGAUCAUGUCCAUCUGCCGGACGGAGAAGAAAGACAACAGGGCCUAUAACUGUCGGGAGGCUGAAUCUACCUACCGCAACCAGCCCAAGAGACCCCAGAAACACAUUCAGAAGGCAGAUAUCCACCUUGUGCCUGUGCUCAGGGGCCUGGUGGACGAGCCUGGUGAAGUGGGGCAGCCCCACAAUGAUGUGGGCAAAGAAGCAGCGAUGGAAGCAGGCUGGGACCCCUGCCUGCAGGCCCCCUUUCACCUCACACCAACCCUGUACAGGACCCUGCGUAACCAAGGCAACCAGGGAGCACUGGCUGAGAGCAGAGAGGUGCUACAGGACACAGUCAACCUCCUUUUCAACCAUCCCAGGCAGAGAAACGCUUCCCGGGAGAACCUGAACCUUCCCGAGCCCCAGCCUGCACUGGGCCAGCCCCGCUCAAGGCCCCUGAAGGUGGUAGGCAACCCCACAGGGAAGCUGCCCGGAGACCAGGGCAGCGAAGAGGCCCCAUUGAGCUCACCAGCCUCCUCUGCAACCCUGAGGCGACAGCGAAAUCUCAAUGGCAAAGUGGCUCCCCAGAAAGAGUCAGGCCCCCGUCAGAUCCUGCGAAGCCUGGUCCGGCUGUCAGUGGCUGCCUUCGCGGAGCGGAACCCUGUAGAGGAGCUCACUGUGGAUUCGCCUCCUGUUCAGCAAAUCUCCCAGCUGCUGUCCUUGCUGCAUCAGGGCCAAUUCCAGCCCAAACCAAACCACCGGGGAAAUAAGUACUCGGCCAAGCCCUGCAGCGGCAGGAGUGCAAUCCCAGACACAGAUGGCCUAGGUGCCAGGGCUGGUGGCCAGGUAGAACCUGACCAGGAAGAAGGACCCUUGGACCUUGAAGAGGAUCUCUCUGUGAAGCAGCUGCUAGAAGAAGAACUGUCAAGCCUGCUGGACCCCCACAAAGGCCUGGCCCUGGACCGGCUAAGUGCCCCAGACCCAGCCUGGAUGGCCAGGCUCUCUUUGCCCCUUGCCACCAACUACCGUGACAAUGUGUUCUCCCCGGACACUGCGGCCUUGGAGGAGCCGAGGACCUUCCAGACAUUUGGCAAGGGGUCGGGGCCGGAGCUGAGCCCCACGGGCACGCGGCUGGCCAGCACCUUCCUGUCGGAGAUGAGCUCACUGCUGGAGAUGCUGCUGGAGCAGCGGGCCAGUGUGCCCAUGGAGGCCGCCUCCGAGGUGCUGCGGCGGCUCUCCGUCUGCGGGAGGACCCUCAGUCUAGACCUGGCCACCAGUGGGGCCUCAGGCACGGACGUCCAGGGGGGCCCAGGAGGAAAGAAAGGGGCCGAGAGCAGGACCAGCAGCAGCAGAGGCAGCAACAGCAGCAGCAGGGGCCUGUGGAUCCAGGAACCAGGGGCCCUGGGAGAUGUUAAAGAGCCCAAGCCCUGAGGAUCCUCGGACAUUUUCUGGUUUCCAGAACUCAGUGUUGAACUUACUGAGCAGA